AUUAAUAUGUAGUUUUCUGAAAAAUGUUGAGAAAAUGCAGUGGCUAGGAGUACACUUUUGGACUUUAUUGUUUUUUUGCACAGGCACUUUCUCAGAAAAGAGUACUGGUUGUGAACACCAACCGUGCCAUAAUGGAGGGACUUGUGAAAAUCACAAAGGAGGUUUUCGGUGUCUUUGCUCCCAGCAGAGCCAAAAUGGACGCCUUUAUGGAGGAGAGGACUGCACAAUUGCACUUUCAGGCUGUGAUGAUAACCAGUGUGAGAAUGGUGGAAUAUGUUCACCUCAGCUUAUUGAUGGGGAACACACUUUCUCAUGCUUUUGUCUUGCCGGCUUCACAGGCCCAAUGUGCCAAAUACAAACUGUGUUCUCUUUUGAAUCACAGGGACAUAUUUCAAUAGUGGCUCCUGACGUACAAGCUCCUGUCAACAUAACCUUUAGCUUUAAAACAGAUAGAGAGGUGGGGACCCUGCUGCAAUGCAGAGUGGAUGAUUUACUUCUCAGCAUUGAACUUCUGGAUGGACAUCUUUGUCUUAAAAGUUGGACAUAUGGCGGAUCCAACACUUUAGUUCAGAGGCUUCCUAAUUAUUUAUCCGACAAUACUUGGCACACAGUAGAGGCAUCGCUGGACACUUUAUUAAGCCUGAUGCAGCUGGUCUGCUCUGGGUCCAACUGCUCUAGAGAAACUCAUCCUGAGCUUGUGGUGCUAGAACACACCUCUGCUUCCACACAACUACAACCUCUUCUCUGUAGCCUCACUAUUGGAGCAGUUCGUGACAUUUGGGGAUCAAAUAGUGAAUCAGAGCUCCCUGUAGCUUUUUUGGGAUGCUUCAGGGAUGUGUUUUUGAACUCAAGGCUGCUGGUCCCCACUUCAGGAACUAAUAGUUUUCAGACAAAUGUUACUCUAGGUUGCAGCAACAAAGACAAGUGUGUUGAGAGCCCGUGUCAAAACCGAGGCCGCUGUAAGAGCCAGGGGUGGAGGAGCUAUAUCUGUGAAUGUCAAAGGCCUUAUGAAGGCACCAACUGUGAGCAAGAGUAUAUUACAGCAAGGUUUGGAAACAAAGAGCAACCAAGUUAUGGUGUUUUUUUAUUGGAAGAUGACCUAGGAGACACUUUGACUGUAUCCAUGUUUGUCCGUACCAGACAGACCAGUGGCCUGCUCCUCAUCCUGGCCAACAGUACGAGCCAGUACUUUCGCAUGUGGCUGGACGGUGGCAGAGUUCAUGUCCAAAUCAACAACUAUGAGAGCCUUGAGGGCCAGAGUGUCAUCAGUGAUGGACACUUCCAUUUACUGACAAUAAAACUGGAAAGAACAACAGCCAGUUUGUUUCAGUCAGCUCACAAUCAAGGCUCUACAGCCAUCAGACACAUUCAGGCCAGUGAGGGAGAUAUUGUUUAUGUUGGGGGUCUCACAGACCCAAGGGCGAGUGCUUCCUUUGGUGGCUACUUUAAAGGCUGCGUUCAAGACCUGAGAGUUAACAGCAAACGACUGCAAUUCUAUCCAAUAGCCACUCAGGUGGAGUCAUACAAUUUGCAGCAGCACAACAAUGUGCAACAAGGAUGCAGCAGUGACAACGCAUGUGCUGUCAAUCCCUGUUUUAAUAGUGGGGUGUGCUACUCCAUGUGGGACGAUUUCCUGUGCAAUUGUCCCCCAAACACAGCAGGUCGUCGCUGUGAAGAGGUGAAAUGGUGUGAAAUGUCCCCUUGUCCCAGCUCAACCAUUUGCCUAUCACACUCUCAGGGCUUUGACUGUUUAUCCAAUAUCACAAUUCGAACUGGAAGCAGCCCUCUGCAUUACAGAGGCAACAGCAAUAUCAAGCGCAUCCUGAACAAUGUCUCGAUACGUUUCCGAACAAGGCAGUCUGUUGCCACAUUACUGUACACACAAAUGGGCUCACAUACUUUCACUGUGUCAUUAUUAGAUUCCCAGAUGACAGUGCUGCUGGUUGGAGUUGACCAAAACGUUAGUUUAGUGCACAGCAUUGGUCCAGUUAGUGACGGCCUGUGGCACACUGUGGAGCUAAAGAUGGAGACAGUCAUACUCCAGAGUCCUCUGUGGGUCCUGGCUCUAGAUGGAAAUAAAAUGCCAAUAGAAAAGUUCAGAAUACCUCCAAAUGCAUUGGAUUUUCUCAAAGAUGCAGACAUUUUCCUUGGUGGCAUGAAUGCUGCUGGCAUUAGCAUGUCUGGGUGUUUGGGACCAGUGGAAAUUGGGGGGCUUUUCCUCCCUUUCCACAUGGGCACUGAACUCAACAUCCCUAGGCCACAGCCAGAGCAGUUUAUUAGAGUAGACAGUGACAGAGUUACUUUACAAUAUGGCUGCUGGGGAGCAAGGGUUUGUGAGCCCAGCCCUUGUCAAAACAGUGGUGUUUGUGAAGAUGUCUUUGACCUGCACCAUUGCACUUGUUCAUCUGAGUGGACAGGGCUCCAGUGUCAGGAGCCUACAGACAGGUGCCUGUCCAACCCCUGUCUGUUUGGAAACUGCACCAGCCUGGCAGGAGAGUACAAGUGUGACUGUGAACCAGGAUACAGGGGAGGCCAGUGCGAGCUGGAAGUCAACACCUGUGAAAACAACAACUGCAGUAAUGGUGCCACUUGUCUGAAGGGCUUACAGAGAUAUGCAUGUCUCUGCCCUCAAAACCUGACAGGACAAUACUGCGAUGAGAAGCUUCCAGAAAUCCCAUGGUACAUUGAGACAAAACCACUUCCUCAGCUCCCUGUGUCUGCUUGCAUUGGCUCACGCUGGAACUACAGUUGCUUCCAUGGAGGAAACUGCUCCAAAGAAGACAAUACAUGUCUCUGUUUGCCUGGUUUUACUGGACAGUGGUGUGAGAAGGAUGUGGAUGAAUGCGCCUCUGAGCCAUGCAUGCACGGAGGCUUCUGUGCUAACUACAUCAACAGUUUUGAGUGCGUGUGUGAUGUGAACCACUCUGGGAUCUACUGCCAAAUUGACAUCAGUGACUUCUACCUGUAUGUGUUCCUGGGACUGUGGCAAAACUUAUUCCAGCUUCUGUCCUACCUCGUAAUGCGCCUUGAUGAUGGCCCAGAGGUGGAGUGGGAUUUCCAAUUCAACUAGAUAUUAGUCACUUACCUGAUAAAUGCAAUUGUUAAGCGAAUACACAUU